UAGAAAACUCAAUACACGAGAAUACAAUCGUUCAUCACUGACAAGACAACAACUCACUGUUUUUAUCGUUAUUUACCAAUAAUGUGAAAUACCAGCAUUUACCCAGUCUCAUAAAUAAAAUAUAUCAGCUGCUGACUGCAUUGACUCAUGGAUUAAGGACCUGACUGCCAGGUUAUGUGAAAAAAAAAAUUGAUAUUUAAUUAUUUCGGAGGCUCUGGGAAAUACGCCGAGGCCAUGGGUCAGGGUACUGACUGUCCGGAUAGACCCACUGAGGUCAGUGUCAUCAGAUUUGUAUCCAGAAAUCGAACGAUCGAGGAAAUCGCACCGAAGAAGGAAAUUUUUACGUGCAAGCAACAGGGAUGCGGAAAAAUCUUUACUAAUCAGGAUGAAUUCAAGACACACGAGGCUCUAGAGGAAUUGAAAAUUCGAUUUAUAUGCCGCGAGCCAGGUUGCGGCAAAGAGUUGUCAGACCCUGGGACAAUGUGGCGUCAUUACCAGGAGUUUCACAGUAACGAGACGAGUGUCUUCGUGUGCCCUUACACAAGCUGCGGUUCCCUACACAGUACCAGUGAAAAUCUGGAGGAGCACAUAGAGAACAGCCACCGACAACCACCAGCCCUACCAACAGAACCCGAAAUAAUCUGCUUCGAGGGUCCAGUCAGUACCCAAGUGAACAGUGAAGAUGAGCCCCUGAAAACCACUGGUGAUGAGGAAGAAGAGGAUCUCGAGGAGGAGGAUUCACCUCAGAAUGAGGACGAGGAGUUCUUUGAUCGUGAUAAGAAAAACUCCAGAUUCACAAGGACCACUGCCACUCGUAAAUCAAAUAACUAUAUAAUCACACCAAAUGGUGCCCAAAAUAAUGAGAGAUACUCGAGUAAAGAUGAAAGACUGACUCGAAAUGAUACCGAUAGCCAAAUCACUGCCGAUACUAAAGAGAUCGACGAAUAUAGUUCUAACGAUUACCAAAAAAAUUCACGAAUAAAUGAAGCCUCUGAGGAAGAAUAUUUCAUAAAUAUUUAUGAGGAUACACCGAAGGUAGACGCCGAGGAGAUUGUCUUCGAGGCAAUCGAUGAGAAAAUCCAGGAUCACAGGAUUGACCUGGGGAAUUUAGAGAGUGUAUUCAGGAGUGGACUCGAAGGGGAAACGAAGAAGAGUGAUUCGAGUAAUGCCGAGGGUAAUGGAAAUUGCAGUGAGGACGAGGAGUACACACCAAAGAAACAGAGAAUGUCUAGGUACAAGCAGGAACAACCGUAUAAAUGUGACGUCAAUGGGUGUGGAAAAACGUACAAGUACAUAUCUCAUUAUAGACACCAUCAGGAUAGUCACAAGGUGCAGGAGAAUAAUUCGGUUAAUAAAUUGAGCAAGCCAACGAAUAGACAGAGCAAGGGAAAGGCAACUACUGUUAGUUUUUUCUUAUGCAAAAUACCAGGAUGUGGGGCACAAGCUAGCAAUGUGACUACACUGUGGAAGCAUUAUCAGGAUAAUCACGCAAAUUCAAAGGCAAAUGUCACUCAAUCCACGAAAAACAAUCAAUCAUUUCGAUGUAAAAUAUCCAACUGCGAAAUGGAAUUUCGCUCUAGUGCAAUGCUGUACAAGCACUUCAAUCAGAUCCAUACAAACGUGACACAAAUUGAUGGUAGCACAAAUGGAAAGACUGGCAAUGGGAAUAUUCAUUUUAGGGACGAUGGAGUUGCCCAGGUAAAUUUUAAGACUGAAUUCAAAGCCAAGUAUGUUAACACGACUGAUGAUUACGACGAUGAGGAGAGAAAUAUGUCGAAUGGACUGAGAAUUAAGGAGGAGUCACGUGAUUGAUUCAUCACAGUUUUAUGAUGGUAAUUUAUUGAGUGAAUUUUUGCAUUUGGUGGAGGGAAUAAUAAGCAUUUCCAGGAAUUCGCAAAGGAAUAAAAAUUAAUUAUGAAAGAAAAAGAAUCAUUAAAUUGGUAAAUUUGAAAAUAAUGGAGGAAUGAAGUUAAAUUAAGUGUUCACUUUUACUGUUAACAAUUAGGAAUAUUACUUAGGCAUUAUAUACAGAAUUGACUGCCACUUGUGAUUAUAUACGAGUAAUAGUAAUUUUUUUUAAUCGUUUCUAGCGAAUUUAACGCUCGAAAUGAAUUUCAUCAUUUUCUGAGAUUAAAAAAAUGAAAAAUAACAGGUAAAGGAUAAAAUUUUACUUCCGUCUCGUGUGUUCCUCCUCAGGUCCACAUUACUGCAAUUCACUUCUUGACGUUACAAUGACACUGUCAAUACUGAUAGUUUAAGAACAUGAAAUUAAUUUAUUUAUUAUUAAAUUGUGAUUGAUACUGAGAUCUCUCGAUCUGAUGGUCACGAUUAAAUUCACUACUUGAAAUUAUUCAAAUGAAAUCAGUCCGAACGCGUCACUCAACUUUGCUACAUUAAUAUAAUUAACGAAAUGGUAAAUAGGUUGUAUUUAAAGUUGCUUGAACAAAAGACUAUGCACGACAGUCGUAUUGCUAACAUGUGAAUAUUCUAGGAUUGAUAAUAAUUAUUCAAAGUUAUUAGGAUAAUUAACGAUUAGGCUUUGGUGUCUCAUUGAGCUCAACACGUAAAUUCAAUGAAUUUUUCCAGAGUUAUUACUUUGUAAUUUAAAUUUAAUUAUAUAUUGGCACAAGACUCCUGAAUUAUUCAAUUCAGCCGUACUGAUUUCUACUGUUUUAUAUAUGAAUUAAUUUAUAUCGUUUUUUAAUGGUGAAAUAAUCAAUGUCGAUGAGGGGGUGAGUAUGUUAAUGGACUUUAUUUGUGGAGAAAAACUCGACUGUACACAAUUAUUGUUCUUUUCUUAGUCCUUGAGAAAAAUAAUAAAAAAACAU